AUGCCUCAGGAGUUUGACAAGUGUCUGGUGUCUGGUGAUUUGUGUCGUCUCAUUGUGUUGUGUCCUCCAGUGUCUGGUGGUUUGUGUCGUCUCAUUGUGUCCCUCCAGUGUCUGGUGUCUGGUGUCUGGUGUCUGGUGUCUGGUGGUUUGUGUCGUCUCAUUGUGUCUCUCCAGUGUCUGUGUCUCUCCAGUAAGCGUCUGGUGGUGGUGGUGCCCAAUGAGAUGGCUGCCCCGUCUCGGAGGUCCUUCAGCAGUGAGGACGAGGAAUGGAAGACCUACCUGGAGAACCCUCUGACUGCAGCCACCAAGGCCAUGAUGAGCGUCAAUGGAGACGAGGACAGUGCUGCCGCUCUGGGACUGCUCUAUGAUUACUACAAGAUCCCAAGAGACAAGCGACUGCCGGCCAGCUCUAAAACACCAGAGACAUCAGCCCCUGACUCCCAGGGAAACCUGGAGACCCUGGAGAGUCGUGUUCAAGGGCUAAAAUCUGAACCCGUCAACCUGUCUCUAAACAUCCAGCAGCUGGACUGCACAGACAGGCAAGGGUAUGGAGGGACACCUGGGGAGGCAGUGGGAGCUGUGGUGAAGACUGAGGACCAGACGUCUUGCUACAUGGCUCUUGGGGGGCCUGGGGGGUCGUACAGGGGAGAGGGGGAGCGGCAGCAGGUCCGGGUGGUUUAUGAGCAGAUCAAUCCCAAUUCCCUGGUCAGCCAUGUCAGCCAUGUUGUGAGACACAGAGGCUACACGAAGGAGGAACAGAGUCAGAAGAGUUCUCCAGACAGCACCAACGAUGCCUCGUACCCUGAGGAGCAGGAGUGUUCUCUAGAGGCGCCCAGGUCUGUCAGUCAGAAUCAGAGGGAGGGGCCUAUGACCUACCUGAACAAGGGACAGUUCUACGCUGUGACGCUGCGCGAGAUGGGCGGAGCAAACAAGGGCCGACGCAAUCCAUUCAGCAAAGUGCGGAGUGUGGUGAUGGUGAUGUUCAGUGACAAUAAGGACAGAGAUGAGCAGCUGAAACACUGGACGUACUGGCAUUCCAGACAACACACUGCCAAACAGAGGGUCUUGGACAUCGCCGACUACAAAGAGAGCUUCAACACCAUCGGGAACGUUGAGGAGAUGGCCUACAACGCCGUCUCCUUCACCUGGGAUGUCAACGACGAGGCCAAGGUAUUCAUCACAGUGAACUGUCUGAGUACAGACUUCUCCUGCCAGAAGGGGGUGAAGGGCAUGCCUCUGAUGAUCCAGAUAGACACUUACAGCUAUAACUCUAACCGCGGCUGCAACACACCCACACACAGAGCCUUCUCUGAGAUCAAGGUCUUCUGUGACAAGGGAGCAGAACGUAAAAUCCGUGGCGAGGAGAGGAAGCAGAUGCGGAUGAAGCCCAAAGGGACGGACGGGAGUCUGGCAGCGUUGAACAGGACGCCAGAUACAAUGUUUUUCAAGUCCCUCUCUGACCUGGACACCCAGCCUGUCCUGUUCAUCCCAGACGGAAACUUUGGGCACGUGCAGAGGACUGGACAGGUCUUUGCCUUCAACACAGAGGAGAUGGAGAGGGAAGGGGGUGUCGUGAUGAAGAGGGUGUCACGACCUGCUGAGGAACACGGCUGUCCGCUUCCUGUCAAACACUUCAAACCAGAAACCCGGAAGAGAGUCCUGCUGUACGUGAGGAAGGAGUCAGAUGAGGUGUUUGACGCCUUGAUGCUGAAGUCUCCCACCCUGAUGGCCUUGCUGGAAGCAAUCUCAGAGAAGUAUGCCGUACCUCGCGAGAAGACCACCAUCUACCAGGACAACCGAGGGAUCCUGGUGAACAUGAAUGACAAUAUCAUAGAGCACUAUUCCAACGAGGACACCUUCAUCCUGGCCAUCGAGAGGUCAGCGGACUGCUUCCGGGUCACGCUGGCAGAGAUCUGACCCUUUGUGAGGGAGUAAAGGGGCCUCUCGUCUCAAACCUCACUGGACGGCAGCCACACCUCAGAGUCCGUAGCUCAGAGCCAAUGCUGGACGCCGAGGCUCUCACUCCAGAAGGUGGCUUUACUGCGUCCUUCUCAGUCGUGAUCGGAUCAACCAAAAAGAACCCUGUGGAAUAGCUCCCCCUGCAGGUGGAGAUUGGGACUCCAGGGCUCUGAUCUCUCUCUCUCUCUCCAGUAGGGUUCCAUUAGUUUCCUCUCUGAUCUGCCUCUCUCUCUCCAGUAUGGUUCCAUUAGUUUCCUCUCUGAUCUGCC